GUUUCCGGUGCCGGCCGCGGCGGCCGGCAGGACCAUCCGCCGUCUCUCGCUGUCUCUCUGGGUCUCUCCGAGUGUCUCUGUCCGUGUCUCUGCCCCCCCCCCCCCGGGCUCGGGGCGGGCGCGGCGCCAUGGGCAUCCUGGAGAAGAUCGCCGAGAUCGAGAAGGAGAUCGCCCGGACCCAGAAGAACAAGGCUACCGAGUACCACCUCGGCUUGCUGAAGGCGAAACUUGCCAAGUACCGAGCUCAGCUCCUGGAACCCUCCAAAUCUGCCUCGGCCAAAGGAGAAGGCUUCGACGUGAUGAAAUCUGGAGAUGCCCGAGUGGCACUGAUCGGUUUUCCUUCUGUGGGGAAGUCCACGUUCCUGAGCUUGAUGACCUCCACGGCCAGCGAAGCGGCAUCCUAUGAAUUCACCACGCUGACAUGUAUCCCGGGGGUCAUUGAGUACAAAGGAGCCAACAUCCAGCUGUUAGAUCUUCCUGGAAUCAUUGAAGGUGCCGCACAAGGGAAAGGCAGGGGCCGGCAAGUAAUCGCCGUUGCUCGGACCGCCGACGUCGUCAUCAUGAUGCUCGAUGCCACCAAGGGGGAAGUUCAGAGGUCUCUGUUGGAAAAGGAAUUAGAAUCAGUAGGAAUCCGACUAAAUAAAUACAAACCUAACAUCUACUUCAAGCCAAAGAAAGGGGGUGGAAUCUCCUUUAACUCCACAGUCACACUGACCCAGUGCUCUGAAAAACUAGUGCAGCUCAUCCUUCAUGAGUACAAAAUCUUCAAUGCAGAAGUCCUCUUCAGAGAAGACUGUUCCCCAGAUGAGUUUAUUGACGUGAUUGUUGGAAAUAGAGUGUACAUGCCCUGCCUUUAUGUUUAUAACAAAAUCGACCAGAUCUCAAUGGAGGAAGUUGAUCGUCUGGCACGGAGGCCGAACAGUGUUGUGAUCAGCUGUGGGAUGAAGCUCAAUCUCGAUUUCUUGCUGGAGAUGCUGUGGGAGUACCUGGCCUUGACAUGUAUCUACACCAAAAAGAGAGGACAGAGACCAGACUUUACAGAUGCCAUUAUUCUCCGAAAAGGGGCUUCCGUAGAACAUGUGUGCCACCGGAUUCACCGAACACUAGCCAGCCAGUUCAAAUAUGCUUUGGUGUGGGGCACAAGCACAAAAUACAGCCCUCAGAGAGUUGGACUGACUCACAUGAUGGAGCAUGAGGAUGUCAUCCAGAUAGUCAAGAAGUAACCUUUAUCCACUGCUCAUCACUGGUGCCUGACCCCGUCCUAGUCUUUCGAGUGAAAACUGGCUGAUUGUGAUCAUUGGGGGAAAAAAAACAAGAGGAAGAUGUGCCCAAGGAGAGGAACCUGGUGUGCUCUAGAGCCACAGAUGCUUCCAUGAAGCUUGGUCAGUAGGACAGGAGAAGACUAUGAAUAAAUAAGAUUUGGGAGAGGAGAGGGGAAUAAUGCCAAGAA